ACUCCAGCGGAAAAAAUGUUUAUUUUCUGGCUACAUGGUGGGUAGUAAUGAAACAGUUGAUAUUUCUCAUUUAUAAUUUGUUAAUGAUACCCCUCUCAACUCCCGAUCGUGUAAACCUGGGGUAUUUCAGACAAUCUCAUUAACACAUGAGCAAUCCAAGGAUUCCAAAGAGCAAUUUUUGAAUUGUUUUGGAGAGAGGUCUUAAGGCAUUAAAAGAGCCUCGUAUUCUUUCACUAUUCAUACCCCUCUCAAAAACAGUAAUUUCAUCAUACACAGAUGAAGAUUCCCAGAAAAUCGAGUAGUAGCAAUGGUGAUUCAAACUCUUCAUCGUCAUCAUUUCUUGUUCAACACGCAACCCUAAUUCUACCAUACCUAACCCAUACACAACUCGCCAACAUCUCCCUAACCUGCAAAUCACUCUAUAAACUCACCCAAAUCAUCACCCUCCGUCGCAUUUCCGACGCUUCCAGAACCUUCGAGAAUUAUCCAAUCCCAUUUUUCAAUACCAACAACAACAACAACCCUCCUUACUCCUACUUUCUCUACACACCUUCCCUUAUUCUCUCUCACAACACCCCCAAUUAUCAACCAUGGGGUGCUGGAGAGGGUGCUUUUGUCAUUUCAGAUGAUGGGUCGGUGAGAUUUGGUGUUGGUUGUGAUUUUGAAGGUGUUUGUGAAAAUGGGUCAGUGAGUUUUGGUGUUGGAUGUAAUUUUCAAGGUGUAUGUGAUGAUGGGUCUGUGGGAGAUGGUGGGGGUAGUUCAGUAAUUUCACCAAUUCCGCCUAGAACGAUCCAUGAUGUUGGGUUGGUGAGAUUUGGUGUUGGAUGUGAAAAUGGGAAGGUGGAAAGCGGUGGAAUGAGUUCAGUUAUUUCACCAGUGCCGCUUAGAACGGUUGACGAUGAUGAGUCGGUGAGUUUUGGUGUGGGAUGUGAGUGUGAAGGUAUUUGUGAUGAUGAGUGUAUGUGUUUUUCUGAUGAUGGGGUUGAUGGUAUUGGAAGAGAGUGUGGGUUGGAUUGUUUAUGUGGGAUGGAGUGUGGGAAUAGGGUGAGUCAAAAUGGGGUUAAUGUCAGGGUUAAGAUUGUUUGGUGUGGUGGUGGGAAAGGGUGGGGUUUGUUUGCGAAUCAGGUUGUGCGUAAAGAGGAGUUUUUGUUUCAAUAUGCAGGUGAACUAUUGACAACCACGGAAGCACAGAGGAGACAACAACAUUACGAUGAACUGGCAUCGCGUGGUCGUUUCUCGUCUGCUCUUUUAGUAGUAAGGGAACAUCUUCCAUCAGGAAAGGCAUGUUUGAGAUUGAACAUAGACGCAACAAGAAUCGGAAACGUUGCCCGGUUUGUAAAUCAUUCAUGCGAUGGUGGUAAUUUAAGCACAAAGCUAGUCAGAAGUACAGGAGCUUUGUUCCCCCGCCUUUGCUUCUUUGCUUCGAAAGAUAUCCAAAAAGAUGAAGAGCUUGCUUUUAGCUAUGGAGAAAUCAGGAAAAGGUCCAAUGGGCGGCUGUGUCACUGCAACAGCCCUUCUUGCCUUGGAACAUUGCCCUCAGAAGACACUUGAAAGUAGAAACAUGUAGGAAUUUUUAUUUUGGUUUUAAUGAGAUGAUGAUGGGGAGGGGGGUCAUUUUGGGGGUUGAUAUUGUGUGUAUCAGGAAAGGGUAGUUUUCAUGAAUUUCACAAUAGUUCAUAGCAUCAUUGCAACAGCAACUAUGUAGCACCAACAUGUAUCAGUGUUUGACACUGACUUAACACCAGCACUUGUGGCUACAUUCAAUUCAAUCACUUCUAGUUUCUCCGAUCAUUACCGGUGUCUAUGUGUUAGUGUCAAUGUCAUGUCUGUGUUUGUAAUUCAUACAGCAACAAUCUCCUUAAUAGUUAAUAUCCCCAUAACAGUUGGGAGAGUGUUACUUAACUACUGAUAUCUUUAUGUCGAGCCUUGGUUGCAUAAAAUGCGAUUAACUUCUGAUACGAAUUGCAAUUGAGGCAUUUUUCA